UCGUGGAUCACACAAAUGCUUGUCCUAGACGGGGUCGAACCCGCGGCACGACGCGUACAGUGGGUGUUGGUCUAUUCAUUCUGGCCGGUCUUUUGAUUUAAGCAUCCAUGUCUUGUUGUUUUUCUUUGAAGAUAAGUAAAAACGAACGUUACAUUCCCAUAAAAUCUUUAUAUUAAUUUAACAAGAAACUAUGGCGACUUAAGAUUCAGCAAAAAGAAAUAUUAGUAAGAUUGACUUAUCCAAAUUCAAAUAUUUAUUUGCUAAAAUGUAACACCUUAUGUACCAUACAUAAGGUGUUACAAUAAAUUUGUUUCAACAUGUCCUGCUAUAACAUGGCGUGCAAAUGUCAAUAUAAGUGUUUUCAAUGUAUUAAUCUAACUAAGCUAUCAUACAUUUAUAUUGUAAAAAAAAAAACUAAACGAAUAGGCCAUGGUUAUACUUUUGACAGAAGUCAUUAGAAUUAAUGAUGAUCAUAAAAUAUGAGUAAAAUAUUUAUAAAAGUUACUCUGUGUGUGUUUUUCAUAUAUAAUGUCAGUUGUAGCAGUUAUGAUGAGGACGACUCAAUAGAGGCCCAGCACCCAGAGCUAGCGAGACUGAUCAAGAUGCGCUGUACUCGCCGCUUCUCGCCUGGCGUGUGCGUCGAGGACGUCGCUCCAGUUUGGACCUUUGUGUUCUUUGCGCAGAACUGCACGGAGCGUCUUGGCUGCCCAAACCACUACCGGACGAACCGUUUCCGGAGCUACCGGAUGUGUAUGAAGCGGUGCCGGCCGCUCAUCGACAUAUACCUACAGAUGGUCGAGUUCGAAGAAAGGAAUAACACUAAAAACUUCGAAAACCAAGAGUCGGAUGGUAGUGAGGGCGAAGAGUCGGAGGCCGGUGAAGAUACUCAUUUGAGAAUCGGCGUGAGCAGGAACCUGACUCUCUCAAACGAAACCAAGAACAACAUCCUAUUGAGUGCUGAGAGUAUAACCGAAGACCCAGAAGACGAGGACUACGAGGAAGACGAGAAGACGCACGCGGUCGUGUACAAGGACGUGAGCGGGAACGAGGACAUAAUGCUGCCGGAUGUGGACUACGUGAGCGGGGAGAUCCGGUCCGAGUUCGCGGUCGGAGAGAUCCGGCCGGCUGAGGAUGUCGUGGGGUGGUGAUGGGUCAUUUGGAAUUAUGGUUUGGCAUUUGGUUUUGAAGAAUAUGUUAUGAGUUUUUUAAGCAAAAUUAAACAAAAGACGCAGUAAGG